GAAAGAGAAAACUGCUUUGUUUUCAGUCGGGCAUUGGUUUGUGCUGUGGUGUUGAAAAUUUUUACACUUUGAAGAAAGAAGAAAAAAACUGAAAAAAAGAAAAGAUUUUCCACUUUCUGUAUAAUCACGAAAUAUUUCUAAAGUACUUAAUUAAUCAAUAGUUUAUUAAAAAAAAAAGAACAAAAAAAUGACGUCGAGAAACGCAUCACAUGCAGGCAGUUGGUAUUCUGAUUCAAAACCAGAGUUAUCACGUCAACUUGACAAUUGGCUUGGAGCUGCUGAGCUUUCACAUGGACCUGCACGUGCAAUAAUUGCACCCCAUGCAGGGUAUACAUAUUGUGGUGCUUGUGGAGCUUAUGCCUACCGACAAGUUAGUCCUGCCGUGGUCAAAAGAAUAUUCAUACUUGGACCAUCACAUCACGUACGACUACGUGGCUGUGCAUUAUCAAUAGCUAAUAAGUACAAAACACCUUUGUAUGAUCUCAAAAUAGAUGCCCAAAUAAAUGCUCAAUUGGAGAAAACAGGACACUUUUCAUGGAUGGACAUGAAAACGGACGAAGAUGAGCAUAGUAUUGAAAUGCAUUUGCCAUACAUAGCCAAAGUUAUGGAAGAUUUCAAAGAUCAAUUCACUAUUGUGCCUAUUUUGGUGGGUUCGUUGAAUCCAGAUCAAGAAGCUUUAUACGGAGAUCUUCUUGCUCCAUAUUUAAAUGAUCCUCAAAAUCUUUUUGUUGUUUCAUCUGAUUUCUGCCAUUGGGGUCAACGUUUCGGUUAUACAUAUUAUGAGAAGUCAUGUGGCUCCAUUCAUAAAUCUAUCGAGAAACUAGACAAAGAGGGCAUGGACAUUAUUGAGACCCUAAGUCCUACAACCUUUACUGAAUAUCUUCGCAAAUAUAGCAAUACCAUAUGUGGUCGUCAUCCAAUCGGUGUAUUGCUUAAUUGUAUAAAAGUUAUGCAGAAACAAGGCUACAAUAUGAGCUUUAAAUUUCUAAAAUACGCACAGAGUAGUCAAUGUAGAGACAUGAAUGAUUCUAGUGUUAGUUAUGCAUCUGGUUCACUGUUAUUUGAAUCUUAAUAGAAGUUUAAGCGAUUUUAUAGCAUUAAACGAUUUUUUUUUUCUUAUCGCGUUUUUAAAUUGUACAUUUAGUGAUUACAUUUUUUUCCCACUUGAAUCUUUUUAUCGCUAUUUAGCAAUAUUUUCUCCCUUUUUUUUCAAUUUCGGCUUUCCUUUUUUUCUUAUCGAAUAAUGUUUUUUUUUUUUAAUAAUGUGAGUUAUAUAAAAUUGUUAGUUUUUAGAAUUUUACCGAGCCGAAAUAUAAUAAUGUAAUUGAAAAUGAAUACAUAUUUAAAUUGUUUUCAUAA